AUGUCUCAGUCAAAGCCAUCUCAACCCACAUCCGACGCCCCAGCAGAAAUCUACCGCUUUCCUGUACAACCGAUCAAUCGAUUUCGUGGCGCAGCGUCGAGUAUAAAGCGACCUCGCGAAGUGGCUCAUUUUUCCUAUGACGACCAGCACGAAUAUAGGGACGAUGAAUCGAGCAUCAAUUACUAUAUACCACCGCCCAUGGGUGUAGAUCUUAAGGAAGGGUUCGACUCAUUCAGACACUACGAAGAAAAGGAGGACCCGCACCUUGACAGUCUGCUCAAGGCGCUGGUCGCAAGGGAGAAGAAAGAUGGAGAGAAGAAGAGCCUCCGGGCUGACUUUGUGACCUGGAGAGGCAUGAUGACCAAGAUUAUGACGGCACCCUUCGACCACUUUGCAGAAUUCAGCAUGUUUGCGACCCUCCACGACGGCACAAUAUACCUUGAGGAAGACUUCCCCUCGCGAGCGGCCGAACGUGCCGCAGAAGGCAAUCGCCCACCUGCUCGCUACCAACACCCCGACCAACAAUCCCACGAGAUGAUGACCUACUGGGGCUACAAGUUCGAGACCCUCGCACUCAUCCCCACACCCCCCUCUUCCACCCCACGCGAGGAAAUUGAAAAACACCAAAGAAGCACCGUCUCCAACCACGCCCAACACUGCUCCAUAUCGAUGGUCUCCUGGCCCCCAAGCCCACCGAUCCCGACUCCCCGAUCCAAUGGAUCGAGCUGA